AUACAAUACAACUUGAACAUAGAAAAAUGAGACUGGGGGAUAGAUACUGACAUGACUGUUUCGUGCAGUGGGGCCUCAGCAUUGCCAGGAGCCCUUGGACACUAUAUUGCAAACUACAUGAGCGUUAUAAACAUUGGUUUAAUGGGAAACGGCUUUAUAAACCUACCAUCUAAUGUGUUGAUUUUGUACAUGUAUUUGUUUUAAGUGUCUUCAUUGGUGCUUGCUUUUAAUUUAGAGGACAUAAGUAAAAAUGUAAUUUCUGGUACCUGUCUCGGUGGUAGCACCACAUGGCAAUACCUUGAGCCCUACCCCUUUCAAGCACUUCCUUGUGCAGCCUGAUGUCUCCUUGUUCCUUGGAGUAUCCCAUCAAAGAGUGCCUCCUACUUCGGAUUGGGAAAGGGAAGGACAGGGCCUGUGCUUCUGCAAACUGCUCUGGUGGCUGGAGGGGAGGAGGGGAAUAGACCAAGGCCCCUGUUGGGUGCCUCCCUGUGUUUGUAGGAUGCUGUCUGAGACUGGCCAGCAGCCUGAGGUUUCUACAGCUGGAGAAGACUUGUGGAGAUGGAUCUUAUCUUCCAUGUGCUACAGGGAGAAACCCAUCAAAAGGGGCUUCCUACAUCUGACUAGGCAAGGAAAGGGCAGGACCCUACUCUGAAAACUGCUCUGACAGUAGGAGAAGGUGGACCAAACCCAAGCCACUUCUACCUCUUGGAUCCUCCUGCAGCUGCAGGAAGCUCUGUGACUUCUGCCUUCAGAGUCCUGCUCUGAAGGCAACACAGAAGUAAGGGUUAGAUCCUGUUUAGCUCACUUGUUUUCAGGGCACUGCUGGGCUUGUGAAAUCUCCCAGAAUGCUCUGCUGUGGGCAGCUGAGGCAUGGCCUGCUGGUGUCUGUACCCAGAGGUGUUUAGAGAGUAGACACUGACUGUGAUCCAGCUGCUUGGGGGGACCUGAACUAGUUCCUUUACUAGCUCCUUUACUACCUGCAGCCCCGCAAGGUUCUAUUUACUGUGGCCCUUGGAUGAGAUUGCCAAAUUCUAUGGGUGUCUGGUAGCCUAGGUGGAGGAAGGCUUUGCUUUCCCAAAUCACCAGGCACGCCCCAGUCCACACUGCCCCAGACUGCCUGCUGUAGGCAUUCAGGGGGCAGAGUUGUUGCCCCUGGUGCCCACUCUCUAUGCUCCCUCACCAAUGGGCUGGGUUGGUGCUCUGAGCCCUCCUCCCUCCCCACUGCACACCUACCUCCUCCCCCAGUGCACCAGGAGUGGGGUGAGCUUGCCUGCUCCCCUUGCAUUCCCCGGGGUUGAGGGGGUGGGGUGGUACAUUCUGUUGGGUUUUGUCCAUGUAGUUUUUUUUCCUAAAGUGACAUGCACCAUGAAGAGAGGUGCCUACUGACUGCACACAACACAGAGCCCCAGGGGCCCUCUGCAUCGAGUUCAAGGGCUGCUAUGGUCGGUCUUCACACCCUGCAAGUUGGAGGUAGGCAAGCACAAAACUAUCCUACCACUGGAGACCGUCUUGGUUCUGACAAUCAGGUGGUCCACUGAGAUGAAGGGGGGAGUUGUCACUCAUACAGCCCCAGGGGGCUAAACUCCCUAGGUGGUUGGGCCUAUGGUGAGAGGUCUCAGAGCAGGGCUGGCUCCCCUGCGCCCACCUUUCCACCGGCCUUUCUCCAUGGCAUAUGCCUGCAUCUGUGCCUACUGUCUGUCUCUCUCUAGCAAAAGAGCUAAACCCCGGGGUUGCAGCUAUGCAGGGGGUGAGUUUGUAGGGCUAGAACUAGGUCCCUUAGCCCUGCUGCUGUGUGGGGGAGGGCAGGGGAGGGGGUUAAUGAAAAGCAAGGUCGUGACCUGGCUGUGACCCUAAACAACCGCCGGGAGCUCUGAUAGCGGGAGGGAGUCGCCGGGGGUCACUAGCGCGGGCGGAGCUGGCGAGCCAGGGCGCACGGGGCAGACGGAAUCAGAGCGCAGGAGGCGCGUGCCUGCCGGGGAACCGGACCCAGUCCAGCUAGACAGAAUCGCAGCCGGGUCCCCAUUCGCCUCUCUAGCGCCGUGCGCCCCCGGCGAGGGUCGAGGAGAGCGAGUGGGAGCCAUGCAAGGCGCAGGCUCCGGAGAGCUGGAAGCCAAAGCGGAGCCGCCGGUGGGAGACGAGCCGGGCACGGAGGAGGCUGCCCCGGACCCCACCGCCCCCCAGAAACCGCCCUACUCUUACGUGGCUCUGAUCGCCAUGGCCAUUCGGGAGAGCCCGGAGCAGCGGCUGCCCCUGAGCGGCAUCUACCAGUACAUCGUGGGGCGCUUCCCCUACUACCGCCUUGGCCAGAAGGGCUGGCAGAACAGCAUCCGCCACAACCUCAGCCUCAACCAGUGCUUCCUCAAGCUGCCCCGGGAGCCGGGCGCCGAGCGCAAGGGCUGCUACUGGACCCUGGAUCCCGCCUUCCAUGACAUGUUCCAGCCGGAAAACUACCGGCGGCGGCGCCGAGCCAAGAGACCCCAGCGGGCCCCUUUAGCGGUGCCCGGCCCAGCCCCAGCCUGUCCUACCUGCCAGGAGCCCCCCUACUACCGGCCCCACCAGAGCCCUCCGGCCGCCUACCUGGUGGGCAGCGCCUGGGCAUCCCUGGGGCAAGCCUCGUCACCCUGCGCGCUCACCAGCAGUCCCCAGGGUACGGUGACCCUGGGCGGCUACGGCCCCUACCCGCGGCUGCUACUGCCCGGAGGGGUGGCGCAUCAGCAGCUGAGCCCUGCGUCAGGGGGGGCCGGCUGCCCUUACCAGCAGCCCCCGGAGCUGCCCUUCAUGCAUUACUGGGGGGACCAGGAGGGACCCUACGGCGCCUUGGCCGCCGGGAUAGACCUUUGAAUCCUUGGUCAUGGGGCCGGAGAGCUCAGAGUCUGCGCCCAGACCCGGCUGGGGACCUUGGCUUCUCCCUCUUCCCUGGUGAUCGUUAUCAGAACUACAACAACGCACGUGUUUCCCCCGUCUCCCUGCUUCUACUCUGAGAGGGGGGAGCCCCGGGCUCCGAUCUGAUAGAUGCCAGGGACCUCUCCCUUGUUAACGCAAUAACGGAAGGGGUGUCACCGGCAGGGGAGGUUUGAUGGAGCCUCCCUAGAAGGAGGCGCAAAUUCGGUAGAAAGGGGAGCAACACUUCUAAAAAGAGGAGCGACCUCGACAUGGACUUUUCUUCUUCCUUUGCCUUGAAAAGGGAAGGAACCGGUACAGUCCCACAUUACCCCACGUAUUACACUUCCAAAUUCAGAUGAAUACAGAGUUCCGAAGAGUUAAGAGUUGCAGGGUGAAUCUCUUGGCAUCCUCUGCCCCGGAGAAGGAUCAAUUUGAGGACAUUAUUUGUUCUGCAGAACUAGACCCUAAUACUUUAGAAAUUCUCUCUCCGCAAAGUAUUUGAAAUAACUUUCAUCGGAGACCAAAACUUUCUGGUUCGAAGGAAAGAAUAGUUUCCCACAUGUUCCCUGUUACAGAGUUAUUGUAGAAGCUGUAGUGAGUUGUUUGAGUCAGAAUAGUAUUAACAUUUUCAGAUAUGUUAAUUUGUGAAAGUCCCUUUUAAAAUAUGCAGUUACUGAAUAAACGAUUGGUUGCUUGUACAUCAAUUAGGAAUUAAAAGCCAGGCUAUAUUCUUUUGGGCAAAAAAGAUUAUUGAAAUGAUUUAAAGUAUGGUGCCUUAUUUCAUUGUUGCUCCUGAGAAAUGGGAAUUUUUCACUUACAUAAUCAUUGUUUCUUUUACUGUGUUAAAUUCAGUGGUAUUGGUGAAACUGGAAAUGCCUCCCAUUGGGCUGCAAACUGUAAGCAAAGAGAGGUUGAUCAACUGCUCAUUUUUGUCCAGUCCCCAAAACAAUUUCUCAAACUUAAUGUGUAUCAUUGUAAAAAGGGAAAUGUAGUUACUUUCUGGAAAAUAAUUUUUGCAAGUGACCUUCAAAACUUGAUUUCUGAACUUUUUUUAAAAAAAGAAGUAUUAUAUAAAGGAAUAACUUUUAUUUUUAAAAGAAAAAAGAUGUUAAAUGCCAAAGACUUGGAGGAUAGAUAUUGUGAUCUUCAUGUUUUCACAUUUGAAAAGAAACCAUUUUGCUUGAUGUGAAGUCAGAAUGCAUUUUAUAUACUGUUCCUUGUUAGCAUAGUUAUUGUGAACAAGGCUAUAAUGACAAUGCAGCACCCCUUUUAUGAUCUGAAUUGUAAGGGUGGCUUUAGCUCUUUUCCAAAAAAGAUUCCAAAAGAAAAUAGUAUUUCUAGUAGAAAUUGCAGGUUGGUUUGUUAGAGAAAUAAAGGGUUUCACUACCAAUGCGCAUAGCAGAACUUUCUGGUGUGUUCCGUUUUGAGUCUUGUUUCAAUAAAUAUUUGUUACUUUA